AUGAUUUUAAAAAAGAUUUCACUUUCCUGUCAAACACUUGUACGUUUCUGUCAUUCAAAUGUUAAAUGGAAGGAUAGAGUAUUCUCUGGGAUUCAGCCUACAGGGACCUUGCAUUUAGGUAAUUACUUUGGUGCUGUAUCCAAGUGGGUUCAACUACAAAAUGAAAACAGAGAAGUCAUAUUCAGCAUUGUUGACAUGCACUCCAUUACUUUGCCAUAUAAUACCAAGGAAUUAGAAAAAAAUGUCCUUCUUAUGGCGGCUAGUCUAAUUGCAUGUGGAAUUGAUCCUGAAAAAAGCACCCUAUUUCUGCAAUCUCAGGUACCUGAACAUACACAAUUAAGUUGGGUUCUUGGAUGCUUAACAACAAUGCCUAGAUUGGGCCAGUUGCCUCAAUUUAAAGAAAAGUCUUCAACUUUGAAAGAUGUUCCCCUUGGUUUGUACUUAUAUCCAGUUUUGCAAGCUGCAGACAUACUUUUAUAUAAAGCAACUAAAGUACCAGUCGGCGAAGAUCAAAUUCAACACUUGCAGUUAGCUCAUAGUUUAGCUCGAACAUUUAACAAACGCUUUGGUAACACAUUUCCUGUACCUGAAGUUCUUAUUCAACAAAAUUGCUCUUCAAGGAUAAGAAAUCUUCGUGACCCUAUGAAAAAAAUGUCUAAGUCUCAUCCAGAUCCUCGUGGAAGAAUAGAAAUUACGGAUGAACCAGAUGUCAUUGUAGAAAAAGUGAAAAAAUCUGUUACAGAUUGUACAUCUAAAAUAACAUAUGAUCCUGAAAAUAGACCAGGUGUUUCAACACUUUUAACUAUGCAUUCACUUAUUUGUGGACUAUUGCCAGAAGAAAUUUGUGAAGAAAAUUCGCUGUUGGACACUGGACGGUAUAAACAUAUAGUAGCAGAAGCGUUAGUUGAAAAAUUUACGCCUAUUCGUCAGGAGAUAUUAAAAUUAAUAGAUUCACCGGAAUAUUUGAGUAAAGUACUACAAGAAGGACAACAGAAAGCAAAUUUAAUUGCUUCAAAUACAUGGCAGGAAGUAGCUUCAAAAAUUGGCACAAUACCAAGCAAUUAA